CAUGGCCAAUUUUUGUAUUUUACGACGGAAUUUUUUUUAUUUAAAAGAGGCAGUUAGGGACAUUUGCAUAGGACGUGCACAUAAUAUGAAAGCUCGCAAACACUAUGAUUCAAAGUUACUCUUCAUUGGUUGGCGUUUCUUUCACUUGGCAUGUGGACGAUCAAAGUUAAUCAAAAAAAAAGUUAUUGAAUUAAACCAUCGUAUACUGGUCAACUGCUUUUUUGCUUGGGUAAAAAUGGUACAAACAAGCAUAAUGCAUAAACGAAAUCAAAUUCGUCAAAUAAAAGAGCGCCUUCAACGUGUUUUAUAUUCAUGGGAGGAAUAUUCAAUGUUGGUGCAAUCAAAACCAAGGAAAAAUCAUGUGGCAACUCAACACUAUUCUCUUCAUGCUCGUGGCAAAGUUUUCAGAAGUUGGAAAAUGGUAAUAAAAUCAUGGAGCUUGAGCAAAGAAGUAGAAGAAAAACUUUCAUUAGCUGCCCAAAUUCAUUAUGAAGUCCAUUGCAAAAGGAAGAUAGUUCAUCAUUGGAAAAAUUGGUUGAAAUAUCAUGUUCGGCCACAGAGAAAAAAAUUGUUGAAGAUACAAACCCAUAUUAAUAAAAUGACCAUGAAACAAGCAAUAUCUGCGUGGCAAUGUAUUAUGCGUAUCCGUUGGAUGACACGUAUUAAAUAUGAUGAAGCAAGAAAUUUUGAAAAAAGAUGGAUUUACCUAAGAACUUUAUCAAGAUUCAAAGAUGCACUUCGAGUGAUAAAUUUUGAAAGGAGAAUCAAAAUCCAAGCUUCUCAAUUUAGAAAAAAGAGAAAAGCAAUAGAAGUUGUGAAACGAUGGCGGCUUUUGGUACAAGAGAAACAAAAUCUAAGACUUUACCACCAAGUUGCAUUGCAGUUUUAUGCAAAUCAACUUUCCAAAAAGAGUCUUAGAGCGUGGACCAAUGCUAUUACUAUAUUUAAAACAGAAAAAAGAGCAAUUAGAGAAGUUAAUCAAUGUUUAACUCGAGCAGCAAUGGUUUUAUGGCGAGACUACCAUGUCUACCAUGCACUCAAGAAAAAAAAAUCUACCAAAGCAAAAACAUUCAGAAAACGAAAAUCCUUACAAAUGGCAAGAAAUUGUUUGAGUAAUUGGUGGGAUCUAAUGGCUUGGAAGAGAAGAGCUAACCAGUUGAAUAUUUUAAUGUCACAACGACUACGCCGCAAUCUUUUACAAAAUAGCUUGCAUAGCUGGAUGAAUGUCACCUUUGAUGGCCUUAUAGUUGCCAAUGCCAAGUUCCAAGAUGAUUUAAUACAAGCCCAAUCACAAUGUAAAGAACAAAAACAUCAAGUUUCAACAGUGGAUGUGGAGAACCUGCAACUCAUUGACCGCUUGCACAACAUGGCAUCUGAGAUUGCAUAUUUGAAAACAACUAUAAAUGAAAGAUCUCAAGAAAUUCACGAGUUACAUAGGGCCAUUGAAGAUGCGGCAAUGGUAGAAAGCUCAAUGCGAGAUGAGAUAGAGCAACAACAAGCCCGCAUUGAAGACCUACAAAAUGCUAAUGUCAUCCUUCAGAGGAGGAUUCAAACAAAGAAUGUGGAGGAUACUACUGGAGAGGUUCAUCAUACACUAGAGCUUCAAAAUAUGGAACAUAAUUUACAGCAAUUGCACAUACAACUGGCAGAGCAAACUUCUCAGUUGGAUUCUUAUGAAAAAGCACUCAAAGAAACAGCUGAAAAACUAGAAGGGGCAUCUGAUGAGUCUCAAGAAAAAUUAACAAGUGCUUUUGAAAUUGCCGGAUCAUUACGCAAAUUGUUAGAAGACCGUGAACAACAGUACGCUUGUUUAGAAGGAAGCUCUCGGAGACGAGAACUAGAAUUGGGAGAGGUUCAAAGAAAAUUGGCUGCUGCAAAUUGCACAUUGUGUGAGACAGUGGAAGUGCGUGAUGCUCGGAUAGAAGAACUGGAAAACAUCCUCUCUCGAAAACAAUCUGAGAUUCUCGAUAUACAAUCCCAUCUCCAAGAUUUGGAGGUAGCAUUGGAUUCAAAAGAAAGCCAUGUCCGCAAAUUAGAAUAUGAAAUCCAAUUGAUGUCUGAGCCCCACGCGGCAAAAGCCUACAAGUUCAUGUCAAGCAUGAGCUCGUGUGCCGCAACACCGACGAGGCUGAGGCCGCACCCCAACGCCCACGCCCAAGGCGGGGGGCCAUCAUCGAUCCCGCCCCAAGCCCAACAAGCCUCCACCUCCGCCGCCGCAGCCCCACCAGACAGUCCUCACCCGAAUCCAAUGCCUCUGUCGCGUCGUCCCUCCCACGGCGGAGCCAUCCCCGCGGCGAUGGAGUCGUCGUCUCGCGUGCCAGCAGCAGCCAUCCCCGUGCAAGCGUCGUCGUCGUCGUUGCGUGAAUCAUUGCAAGCGGACACCAUCAAGCCAACCCCUGCUCUUCAAAGCCCCCCUCCACACCACGCUGACGGAACCACCGAAUUGCGAUCGUCGCCUUCCGAGGUUCAGUCACCGCGGGAGCUGCAGAUGGGCUCGACGAGCAAGGUGCUACAUUCAUCUGUCCGGGGCUUGCAAAGGAUGGCCGCGUGCCUGCCCAUGGGCAACGAACGAAUCCCGCAGGAGAUGAGGGGCCAGGAGGCCGGAACGCGAAGCGAUGGCUUCGUGGUGCGCGUCUCCGAUGACCAGAGCGUUGUGGAUAGCUUGCACUUCGAAAUCCAGCGCUUGCAGGCCAGGAUUAUGAGUCGAUUGCGAGACCCUGUUACCCCUGGAUCGGCGGCGCCUGGGUCCAGUUCUCAGGAAAGGUUAUCGGAUACAGGAUGUGAGCAGAGACUUAUGAGUGGCGAUCCCACUACUUCGGCGUCAAGAGGGACCUCGCCGGGAUACUGAUUCUUUGACGGAGAUUGGUGCAAUUUCUUGUGAGGUUCUUUUUAUUGAGCUUUAGCCACGGCGCCAUGGCGGGUAGGUCAUAGUACCGCAUGUAGAUGUUGUAAUUAAAUCGAGCAUGGUUUUUGUAUGGAAAUAAACGAAAGGGGCAAGAUGAAGUAUGAUGAAGAUGGUGUUACAAUGCCGCAAAUGGUUUGCAGCCUCCUGUGCACCUCUUUUGGCCAAGAGAUUAGCAGAAUUGCACUGUGGCACAUGUGUGAUCGAUUGGAGAUCAAACUCAAAUGACAUGAAGAUUGCAGGCCAUCUUGUUUCGAGUCUCGUUCGAUUUCAGAAGUGUUUUCAAGCAAAUCAACUUCGAAGAUGUACAGCCUGCACCGUGUGUGAAACUCGAAGAUUUCAAGAAGGUGGGAUGCUAAGCCUGCAGCCAGCUAAACAAAGGUCAUGGAAACAAUGUGGCCAUGUAUGAGAGCCUUAGGUACAACGAAUGAACUUGGCUCGAAAGUAGGAGGAUGGUGAAGACUAAGUGAAGCUUAAUGAACGCUGGUUGCUCCUCCAGUGUGGUUGACUUGCCGUCGUAAACUUAGAUCUCAGCUUGGUGGUGCUGCAGGUUCUAACUCAUACUGUUGCUCUUUAUGAUGUAUCAAUCCAAGUAUCUCUCGAAACCCAAUGACUUAGAGUUACUAUUUAUACCAUUCCAGACAAACCAUGAGAAGAUUCGGAUCGGGUUUUGUACAGAUCCGAAUGUGUAGGUACUUAUCUUGAACGAAGUAACCCCGUACCUCACCAGGUAAUUCCAAGGAUUGUUUGGAAACAUUUCACUGCAAUAAUUCAAACAGUAAGCAAUGAAAUACGUAGUCCUUGAACGUUAAGUUGAUCAGACAUUGUAUUGGAAGCCUUAUGAUUUGAAGGUGUAAAAAUCAAUGUGCUUGAGCUAAGUCAA